ACUGGUCGCGCGCCGCCGCCUCCGCCGCCGCUUGAGCCCAACAUGGCGAUGCACAACAAGACGGCGCCGCCGCAGAUCCCAGACACCCGGCGGGAGCUGGCCGAGCUGGUUAAGCGGAAGCAGGAGCUGGCGGAAACACUUGCAAACUUGGAGAGACAGAUCUAUGCUUUUGAAGGAAGCUACCUGGAAGACACUCAGAUGUAUGGCAAUAUUAUCCGUGGCUGGGAUCGGUAUUUGACCAAUCAAAAAAACUCCAAUAGCAAAAACGACAGGAGGAACCGGAAAUUCAAGGAGGCAGAGCGGCUCUUCAGCAAAUCUUCAGUCACGUCAGCUGCCGCAGUAAGUGCCUUGGCAGGGGUUCAGGACCAGCUCAUCGAAAAGAGGGAACCAGGAAGUGGGACAGAAAGCGAUACCUCUCCAGACUUCCACAAUCAGGAAAACGAGCCCGCGCAGGAGGACCCCGAGGACCUGGACGGCUCCGUUCAGGGAGUGAAGCCUCAGAAAGCUGCCUCUUCCACCUCCUCAGGGAGCCACCACAGCAGCCACAAAAAACGGAAGAAUAAAAACCGGCACAGUUCUCUGAGUAUGCUGCCACGGGGAAGCACUUACAGCUCCUAAGAGCGAGCGUCCCUUCGUAGGACCCUUCUGAGCACUGUUACUUUUGGAGUGGGGAGUGAGAUGGGAGUGACACCAGUGGACAGAGAGGUCAGGUGGUCUCAGGGCCUUAGAGGCCGCUCUGCCUGGGUUUGUAUGCUACUGCUGGGCCUAACUCAGAGGGCGAUGAGGACUAGAGCAAGGGGCUCUCCCCAUCUUGCUUUUGGAAGCCUGAACACUGUGGGGUCAGAGGGGUGUACAGGGCUGUGUGGGGCUGGCUCCCUCUCCUCUAGUUGGCUAAUGAACUCUGUUGCUUUAGAAACCUGUGGGGUAUCCCCUUCUGCACUUAAGGUGUUACACUAUGAACGUCACAGACUGGGCACUGUGGAUAUUAUAGAAUUAAAUUUACCUGGUUUGAACUUCUUUGGCAUUAACAGAUUCUUGAAUUCUUUUAAACUUUUCUUGUUUUUGUUUUUUUUUUUUAAUUUCAGAAAUAGUAUUUUCUCUCAAUAAAUAGUGAUGAAGGAAGGAUUACUGCUUUAUGAUUUUUCUGCAAACCCAAAACCACUGUGCUCACUUCUCAAAUUAUAGUGAGAAACAGCAGGACUUGUUCCCUCCCCCCCCCCCCAUGGUAAAACUGUAGGCUAGUGGAACACUGUGAUAGGCUUAGGGCCAGUUUGUCAUAGACAGCAGAGAUCCAUGCUCUAAGAGUUAUUUACUUAUUUAUGAAUUCUCUGUCUUCAUGCACACCAGAAGAGGGAAUCAGAUCGCAUUACAGAUGGUUGUAAGCCACCACCAUAUGAUUGCUAGGACUUGAACUCAGGACUUCUGGAAGAACAGUCAGAGCUCUUAACCACUGAGACAUCUUUUCAGCCCAGAGAUCCAUACUCUUGAAGAGUAUUUUAUGGGCUGGGAGAUAGUUCAGUUUGUAAAAUGCUUUCCCUGCAGGCAUGAAGACCUGAGUUCUAAUCCCAGCACCUACAUCAGAGCACUCAGUGAGUUGUGUGUGUGUAACACCAGCAUUAGGGACGAUGAGAUCCUGGGAACUUGCCAGCUAGCCAGGCUAAAAGAGGUGAUGGGACCCUUUCUCAAAAACUACAUGAAGAGACACCUGCAUCAGCCUCUGGCCUACACACACACACACACAUACACACAGACACACAUACACACAAACAUAUCUACACAUGUGUGUGUGUGUGUGUAUAUCACAGGGAAGAUAAUUAUUAAGUGUUUUCUUGUGUGUUGCUUUUACCACAUUUACUUUGUUUUUAUUUUGAUGAUUCUUUUCCUAUUUCAGAGUGCAUAGAGCAGGGAGAACAUUCUUGAAAGUCUCUGGGACUCUGCCCCACUGACCAGUUUUCUUUAGACCCUGCUGGUUGCAUGGGAUACCUCAGAUACCUCAUUUGCACUAGUGACGUGACCAGCUGGUAGCUGACAAGAGGAUGCUAGAGAAGUGUUCAGUUUAACUUUAUCCUUGCAAGUUUCUAGAACAUUUCCAUGGUCAUAACACUUCUUCUUUUUUCCUCUCCUGGCUCUAGGAAUGAAUCCCUUCCAGAAAUACAUUAGCAUUUGAAAGACCAUUGCUGGGCGCUGCCCUCACAAGGGGCGAGUCCUGCUCAGAAGGUGGACUGGGUUUUUAUAUUCAGAAUUCCUAUCUGUCUGAUCUCCUAGGCCUGAGGUGCUCAUCUGCCCCCCAGAGAGACCAGUGGCACCAAAUUUCUUUCUUUCUCAGGAAGCUAGGGUCAGGACUGCCCUGUGUGGCACCUCUGUGGGCUCAGGUUGAUGGAGUCCUGUUACCUUUGCACACUCGAGAUCAGGGCUGGAGCACAUUUACCUGGACAUGCUGGUGAGCUGGCACCCAGAGCAGUGCUUUCUUCACAGCGUAAGGCUGGUGUAGCCAGACCAUGUUCACAGGACGCUCUUCAGCAGACACUGUUGAGGAGAAAGAGGAAGUACUUUACCCUCUUGUGGAGUAUGGAAGCCAUCCCCUUCCUGGCCUGGGAUGGACAAGCCUCACGUGUGCUAGUCACAGCAAAGUGAUAGGUUUCCUGAGCUCGUGUAUUUUACAUGUCUGAACAAUAGUGAAGUCCCAUAGUCUUUAAAGAGAAAAAAGCGAAUAUUGGCUGCUCCUAGAGGUUUUUACUAUUACAUUCACACCCAAGAUUUGUUUUUGUAAGUUGAUGCUUCUCUGUUUUUAAGACAGGGUUUAAUUACAGAACCCUGGCUGGCCUCAAACUAAUUUCUUCUGCUUUAGCCUCUCGAAUGCUGGGAUUAUCAUGCCUGCCACCAGUCCCCAGUUUAGCUAAAUAGGUACACUUUUAUUUAUGCAUGCUUUUAUUGCCAGCCCUAGGGGUUAAACCCAGCACAUAACUGCCAGUGAGCUCACCCUCAACAGAUACUGUCUAAUUUGUGAAGGUUGAAUCCGUCUGAAAGGAGCACUUCCUAAAGUCCUGUUUGUCCACUGAUGUGAGUGCCCGGGAAGGUCAGCUCUCACGACUCUCACAGACUGGUCUCCAGCAGAAGAGCCACUGGAGUAUUCUUACUGCCUGUGUGUAGGGUGCAAGGUGUCCAUCAAGGGGCUGGACUCAGAGUCAGGGCUGAUGCUUAGAGAUCGGUGCAGACCUCGGCCUGGCAUUGAAGUGGCGGCCUGCUCUGCUGUGUGCUCCUGGUCCCAGUUACCUUUGCCCAAGGCUUUGCAGACCCUGGUAUUCCUUAGAUGCUGCACUGAUGUAAACAAUUAGCUGCCAUACUGGGGAAGGUGUCACAUACCCGCAGUCACAGUACACAAAGGCUGAGGCAGGAGGAUAGCAACUUUGAGGCCAGUGUGGGCUGUCAAGACUCCCCCGACAGACACAUUAAAAAAACAAAAUAAAAAAAACAGAAGAAAGUGAACAGUGAACUGCAAUGGUGCAGGAGGCAGAGCCUGAAGAGCAGGACUGGCCUUCAGUCAGUCAGCACAUGGCUUCCAGCAGGAGCUGCGACAAAAGCUUAGAUGUUUUGCUGUUUUUAAAAUGCAAAGUGUUGUCACCGUUUGUAUUAAUGACAGUAUGCUAUGCUGACUUCUAGCACCUUCUGCUGUAUGACUAAACCUCUCCCUCCCUUU